AUGCCGGUCGAUCGACGGAAAGCCGCCGUGUUCGGCGGUGCUUUCGUCUUGCGACUUCUCCUCUUGCUCCUGUUCCCCUCGCUGCCGGACCUGCUGACGGGCAGAGUCGAAGUCUCUACACCAGUGAACAGUUUCAAAAGACUCCAAGAAGGCCUUUUUCUUUACACUCGAAAUGGUUCCCCUUAUGACGGAGGCGUCUUCCAUCAGGCGCCGCUUCUUCUUCCCAUGUUCGCACUACUACCGAAUGCCAGAGACUAUCCGUUAGCGACGGCCAUCUUCUACGCUCUGAUUGACCUUGUUAAUGCCAAUGCCUUGGUCACCAUAUCCGACUCCAACCAGGCGAUAUCCGGAAGAUUGUAUACGGCGUUGCGAAAGGAUAUCAAGUGGGAUGGAGUGGAUGUGGCAGCAUGGUACCUUUUCAACCCUUUCACCAUUGCCGCCUGUCUGGGCCGAUCCACAAGCGCCUUCACUUCGACCGCAAUCCUUUAUGCUCUGUCCAAUGCCGUUACUGGGAAUAGCUUCAAUGCCAUGCUCGCUCUAGGAUGCGCGUCAUAUUUGUCUAUCUACCCGGCCCUCCUGUUUGUUCCGCUCGUGCUUUUGUGUUACGAUCGACGUGCUCAAGGCGCGAAGCCUCCAUCUGGAGUUGCAAUCUUCUCCCUUCAGCACUUUGGCAUACUUUUGCUCAGCGUCGGAGGGCUUCUGGGCCUAUCCUACUUAGUCGUUCCCGACUUUCGGCAGUUUAUCUCUGCAACAUACGGUUUCCAAUUGCUUGUCCCUGACUUGACUCCUAACAUUGGCCUCUGGUGGUAUUUCUUCAUUGAGAUCUUUGAUUCUUUCCGAGAAUUCUUCCUUGGCGUCUUCUGGCUCCAUCUAACGGGCUAUGUCGGUGGUCUCACCGUUCGAUUGCGCAAGCAGCCUCUUUUUGUUCUGACUUCCCUCUUGGGCAUCUUCGCCGUCUUCAAGCCGUAUCCUAGUAUUUCGGAUGCCUCCUUGUACUUUGCACUUCUCCCUCUUUACCGGCAUCUGUUCCCCUUGAUGCGCUACACCUUUUUUGCCAUUUCGGCUCUAUUGUACGCCACCCUACUGGGCCCUGCAUUCUACUACUUAUGGAUCUACGCUGGAUCUGGCAAUGCCAACUUCUUCUAUGCGAUCACACUGGUGUGGAGUCUGGGACUCUCCAUCCUCUUGGCAGACACAAUCUUUGCUGCUCUCAGAGACGAGUGGGAGCAGGAGAACCCAGAGAUGCAGGGCAAAGAUGUCAGACAGGUUUAG